AUGGCACCCGUAUCACCAACAUUAUCCAAGAAGGAUAAAAAGAAACUGAAGAAGCAGAAAGACAAGGCGGCAGCAGCAGCAGCAGCUGAGCAAGCAGCCUUCAUGUCAUCUCCUCCACCACAAGAACCUUCAGCACAAGAUGAGCCUUCAGCAAGCUCAUCAAGUAAGAAGAAGAGCAAGAAGAGCAAGAGAAAAGACUCAAAGUCGCUACCAGAACCUCCUUCUAUACCAAUUCCCCCACCUCCAACUGCUGAGGCGAGCAAGGAGCCGGAGAAGGUAGAGGCAAAGACUGAUGAACCUGAAACAGCUGGAACACAGGACAACGCCGAUACCAAGGACGUAUCAGCCACGGAAGACAAGGCUGCUGGUGAAGAGACACCCACACCAGAGGCGGUGCCCAAGGAGGACGAAUCUACCAAAGACACCAAAGACGAUGAAGCCGACAAGGAGGAAGAGCCACCUGUGAAGGAAGAUGCACCUCCGGACGAGACGCCAACUUCUGAAGCGGGCGAGGAGGUCACUCUAGUGGAAGUUCCAGCUCAGGAAGACUCAACCGAGCAAGACGCCGCCCCAGAUGAGAAGCCUACAGAAGAAGCCCCUGCAGCGGAGACUCCAGCGACAGAAGAAACAUCCACCAAAGACGAUGAUGCAACAGCUGUACAGGAACCAACCACGCCAAGUGAAGCUCCUACCGGCGAAGAGUCUCUCCCCAAGGACGAGAAGGCAACCGAGUCUGAGGUAGUCGAUGCUCAAGAAAAGGGCAGCGACGGUGAUGACGAUGAACCUUCGAUGGCUGCUGAAUCCAAAUCUACAAGUAAGAGCCAGAAGACGAAGAAAAAGGAAAAGGAGAAGAAGGAGAAAGAGAAGAAGGAGAAGAAAGAGAAAGAGGAGAAAGACAAGAAGAAAGCAGCUUCAAAGUCUGAGAAAUCCCAUCAUCACAAGUCGAAAUACUCACAUUCUUCGUCAAAGGAGGUUGGCUCUUCCAAAGACAAAGCUCUCGACCCACCGCCUGUUGCAAAGGACAAGCAGGAAGCGGUGACUGUUCCGGCUGAGCCCAAGGUAGAGGAAACUAAAGCUUCCGAAUCGGAAGCGGAAUCCCAGCCAGUUGAAAAGUCAUUACUUCCAUCAGAGGAGCCAGCAUCUUCGAAGGAAGAGACUCCCACUGAGGAGUCAAAGCCCGCUGAAGAGCCAGCACCUACAGAAGAACCAAAGGAGGAGCAAAGAACUGUUGAGGAACCAGAACCUUCAGAAGAGCAAGCAUCUGCUGAAGAGCCAACACCCGUUGAAGAGCCUAAGCCUGUGGAAGAGCCUAGCCCUUCCGAAGAACCAGAACCUUCAAAAGAGCCGGCGUCUACCGAGGAGCUAAAGCCCACUGAAGAGCCUGCACCUGCUGAAGAGCCAGCGCCUGCUGAAGAGCCAGCGCCUGCUGAAGAGCCGGCGUCUACCGAGGAGCUAAAGCCCACUGAAGAGCCUGCACCUGCUGAAGAGCCAGCGCCUGCUGAAGAGCCAGCGCCUGCUGAUGAACCAGAGCUAGUCGAGGAACCAGAGCCUUCAAAAGAGUCAAAGUCUACUGAGGAGUCAGCACCCGCAGAUGGGUCAACGCCUGUUGAGGAAUCUGGGCCGCUGGAGGAUCCAAAAACUGUGGAAGAGCCAGCGUCUACCGAAGAGCCAGCACCUGCCGCUGAAACCGCGUCUGCUGGAGAGUCAAAGCCCAAUGAAGAACCAGAGCCAACCGAGCAGCCAACACUUGUCGAGGAAUCAAAAGAAGUGGAAGAGUCAGCACCUGAGGAACCAAAGCCUUCAGGAGAUCCAGCACCUGUCGAGGAGUUAACACCUAACGAGGAGCCGAAAAUGAAGGAACCCUCGACACAGGACGAAAAUGCUGCAGAAGAGCCAAAGACUGAAAGUGAAGCUUCAGUAGUGGGCAAGUCUGGCAAGGACGAACCCGAGACUAACCCCACAGACGAGGUAUCACCUGCGCCGGAAGGCCCAGCUCCAACCAAGGAGUCUGAUCCUGCAGACGAACCCCUGGCUGAAGAUAAGCAAACAGAAGAGUCCUCGACUGUGCCUGCUGCGGAAGAGGUAUCUUCUGAGGCUCUUGGAGCAAAGGAUGAAACUAAGGAACCCGAAGCUGCGCAAGAGCCUGAAACAGCAGCCGAUCUCAAGUCCGAGCAAGACAAACCAGCUGACGUCGGUGAAGCUGCCACCUCGGAAGCGCCUUCGGAACCUGAGAAAGCCCCUGAAAAUGAAGCUGUGGCGACUCUAGAGGAAGAAAAAACGUCGGAACAUGGCAACGAAAACUCUUCUCAGUCAGAUAACAAGCCGGAACCAGCAGACGAAGCCCCUGCUGCGACCGAGGAGCCACCCGACAAGGACACAGCAGGCGAGCCCGAAAGCAAGCCAGUCGCAAACGACGAGAUGCCAUUAACGCCGGACGAAGCCCCUUUAAACGAUAAGACAGUUGGGAAAUCCGAUGAAGCUGAGCAAUCCAGCGAGCCCGAGAAGACAGAACCUAGCGACAAGGACGCUCAAGUGACAAUGCCUACUGAAGAUAAUAAGGACGCGGAGGAUGAGAAGCCAGCUGUUUCUACAGAGACACAGAACUAUACCGACAGCGAAGAGUCGUCUCCCGUGGAAGAAGCUGAGAAGAACGACGACGCUACCGCUGCUCCACCUGAGAAGGAGAGUGCCGAAGACGCAAACGACAUACCGGCCGAGAAGGAGGCACCAAUCCCCGAUGCUGUGCAUUCGAAAGCGGGCAAGGCGGCUAGCGAUAAGACAGCUGUGGAACAGGUGCCAAUAACAGAGGCUCCCAAGGAAGAGGCUCCUCCCACAGAGGCUGCCCAGGCAGAGGAUGCAACCGCUUCGGCAUCAAAGAAGACAAAGAAGAAAAAGAAGAAGAAGGGCAGCAAGAGCGGAAUCGAAAUACCAGUCACAGCCGAGCCAGCAGUUGUCCCUAUCGACGAAGCAGCAGUUAAAGUCAUGAUGGAGCCCAUGAUCGAGCCAGAAGUUCCUGUCGAGCCUACCACUGAGCCUGAGGUUUCUGAAAAGGCUUCUAAUGAACCAACUUCUGAGCCCAAGACUGCUGCCAAGCCCGAGGCUGAUAACCCGACUACUGAAUCUGCUACUGGCCCCGAAGCUGCUGAAAAGGCUCUCCCCAACGAAUCAACUACGGAGCAAGAGCCCGAGACCACUGUCGAUUCUGAAUCCAAGUCUGUUACCGGGCCUGCUACUGAGCCUGAAGCAACUGAGAAGGCUAUUGAGUCAGUUGCUGAGCCCGAGGAUGCUGCUAAACCUGAGACUGUUGUGAAGCCCGAGACUGUCAUCGAUUCUGAAGCUCCCACUGAGUCUGAAGUAGUCGAGACGGCUGUUGAGCCAACUGCCGAGCCUGAGAUUGCGCCUGAGCCCGAGACUGUUAUCGAUUCUGAAGCUCCCUCUGAUGAGUCUGCCGCCGAAGCCACCCCUGAGCCUAAAGUAGUCGAGAAGGCCAUUGAACCAGUUUCUGAGUCUGAAGCUGCUGUGGAGAACGAAGCUGCCCGACCUGAAUCUGAUGACUCAGUUGUUCAGCCCACUACUGAGCCUGAAGUUGCGGAAAAGGUUGCUGUAGAUGAACCAGCUCUAGAGCCUGAGCUUGAGACCGCUGCAGAGGCUAAAGCUUCUGUCGAUUCUAAGCCUGCUGUCGAGCCUGCUGUCGAGCCUGCUGUCGAGCCUUCUACCGAGCUUGAGGUUGCUGAAAAGGCCGCUGAGCAGGAUUAUGAGCCCGAAGUUGUUGAGAAGGCUGCCUCCGACGAACUACCUUCCGCGCUUGAGACUGCAUCUGAUCAGCCAGCAACUGACCCUUCUGCCGAGCCUACUGCUGAACCUGUUCUUAAGCCCGCUGACGAUUCUAAACCUGGUACUGAGCCCGAGGUAGACCUUAAUAAGCCAGCUUCUGAACAAGCCCUUGAUGAGCCUUUAGCGGAGCUCAAGCCUGCUGCCGAUACCGAAGCUGCCGAGAAGGUUGCCUCUGAUGAACCAUCUCCUGCACCCGAGACUGCGUCUGACCAGCCUGCUGUCAAGCCUACUGCUGUCGAGCCUGAGACAGACCCUGAUAAACAAGCUUCUGAACAAGCCCGUGAUGAGUCUUCUACGGAGAUCAAGCUUGCUGCUGAGCCCGAAGUUGAUGAGCCUGCUAUUGAGACUACUGCCGAGAAGGCUGCCUCUGAUGAACCUUCUCCUACACCCGAGACAGCGUCUGACCAGCCAGCCACUGAGCCUGCCGUCAAAUCUGCCCCUGAGUCUGAGUCCGUGUCUGACAAGCCACCGGCAGUCGAGUCUGAAUCUUCUACAAAGUCUGAACCUACUGUUGAAUCAGUAAAAGAGACCCCCGAGGUUGUCAAGACAGAAAGUGGCGUGGAACCUGAACAAGUGGUUGUGCCUAAAGACGAUGUUUCUUCUGAAGAUGAAGACGAGUCCGAGUUCGAAUCCGAGUCUGAGUCAGAGUCAGGUGUCGAGCCAGACAAUGGCGCGCCUGAAGAGGUUGCCAACAACAAAGAUAUUGACAAUUCGGAUACCGAGAGCUUAGAAGGCAAAUCGACUGAACGUGCUACAAGCGCUGACAGUGAAGUGGAUUCUGCUAAACCGACUAUAAGGGAAAUGUCAAACGAAGCUAAGGAAGAACCUUCACCAUUAAAAAAGAAAGAAGACUCUCAGGAAGCCUCAGCAGAGACCGAAGCACCCGCAUCAUCCGUUGAGCCCGAGAACAAUGAUGUUGAGGUUUCGGAACCGAAAGCCGCAGCUACAGAAGGCAAAGACAACACCGUUGUGGCAAACAUGAGUGAGUCGGAAGCAACAUCUGAGAGCGAAGAUGAAGAUGAAGAUGAAGACGACGAUUCCGAUUCUGAACACCAACCAGCGGAAAGCGACAAAGCCACAGACGCGCUGCCUGCCAAGAUUGCGGAAGAAGAACCAGCUCUUGCCGAGAAAGAUACAUUGGACUCGGCGAAAGAGGAUGAUUCGGACUCUCCAAUCACGGAAUCAACUGAUGAGAAGAAGGAUAAGCCUUCGCCCCCUGAAACUCCUGCAGAGAAAGCCAAUGCGCCUGCCACUCCUUCCCAUGAGGAAGCAGAAGAUAGCACCGAAACAGUGGAACUAGCUGAUACUGUUGAUAAGAAGGAGCCUGAAUCCGCAGUAGAAAAAUCCGAUUCACCUCAGGUGAAGCCAGAGUCUACUGCCCAAGAAGGGGCAGCAGCAGAGAUUGAUCCCGCUGAUGACGAUACUUCUGAAGAUUCCGCUUCUGAAGCCAGUGAUGACGAUACUAUCGCGUCUUUGACAGACAAAGUCAUCGAUGGAGAAGCACCGCGACUGCCUGUUAACCCGGAAGAUGAUUCACCGUUGGAUGGCAAGACCUCCCAUGCUCCUGAUACUUUAGACACCGAUGAGGCAAACGCCCAAGUCAGCAGUGAAGAUAGCAAGGGUUCGGUUAUUGAAGCAGAAGAUGCUGUACAAGAACCACUUGAUGGGGGUGCACAAGAUAAACCCAUGCCCGACAAUGAAGCGCCAAAGGAGCCUGAAAGCAACGAUAAAAAUUCACCCCACACUGACGCUGAGGAAACUCAAGAACCAGUAGCCUCUGGCGCAGAUGACAAAGAACCGGAGGAAAGUCCUCUUAUUUCUACGAAAGAAAAAGCAGCGCUAGACGAACCUAUCGCUGAGGAGGAAGCCAAGCAGCCAAUUGACGACGCUACAGGACAUGAUGAGAAGCCUGAGACUGAAUCGCCACCUUUGGACAAGCCGGCUAACGAUGAGCCUGCCUUGGAUGACAAGGAUUUGGGCGCGACACGACCUGCGCAGCAGACAGCCGAAGACGUCGAAAUGUGUGAUGAGGACUCCGCAGAUGAAGCCCCUGCAGUCGACGAGAAGCAGGAGACACCGGGUGAUCCUGUACCCAGCAAGCCAGAAGAAGUAGAAGACACAACCUUGGAGGAGAAGCCAGUUGUUGAAACACUUGCAGAUGACAAAGACAUACAAGAUGCAGCUGAAGCUUCUGAUGAGGAUCAGACAGCGCCAGAGGCCGCGCCUUCGACUAGCGAGAAAUCAGAGGAAAUACUUGUAGCGGACGUUGAUCCGGGAGAAAGCGAAGCACCAAGUGCUGAACCCGAUGGCGCGGCUGAAGUUGACGAUAAACACGGAGGCGCAACUCCGCCCGAUGGCGUGCUAGAACAAACAGUGGCCGAGGUUUCUGAUAACGAAUCGGAUACUCCUGCUCCCGCUCCUGCAACUGAAGAUGGUGAAUCCAAGGAGAAGGACAAGACUGCUGAGCAGGAACCAACUAUAGAGCCGCCAGCGACCGAUGAGAAGCCUGAGGAAACAGCUCAAGCAUCUAAUGACGAGCCAGAGCCACCAGUAGCCCCCAGCGACGAGCCAAAGGAAGCAGAAACUCCUGAGGUUGCGCUAGCUGAGAAGCCCACUGUAGUUGGUGAUGAUUCGAAAGAAGCCGAGGUUUCUGAGGCCGAGCCAGUUGUGGAGGUUCCCGUUCAAGACAAUCCCCCAGAAGCAGAAGCAGAGGCAGAGGUUGAACCUGUGAAAGAAGCAUCGGUGUCUGAAGAGAAACUGGCCGAGGAAGAACAGACGGCUCAAGCUCAAGAAGAGCCACAGCAAGGCUCCGCACCAGCUGACAAUACACCAGAGGAAGAAGAAAAAUCUGCCAAAGACGAGCACAUCGAAGCUCCUACAACCUCUGAUGAUAAGGCAGGAGAAGAUGUCAAAUCAGCAGAAGAACCACCUGCAUCUGCACCUAUAGCUGAAGACGAGCUCAACCAAUCACCGCCCACCGCUGCACAAGAAGAAUCCAAGGAGACAACUACGGCCGAAGAAACUACGGAAGCGACUCCAGUAGCAGAACCCGUGUCUGCUUCUGAAGAGCCCCCGGCCGGUGACACAGUCUCUACUGACGACAAAGCAGUCGAUGAUCCCAAGAACGCCGAGGACGUAGCGACACCAGCAGUACAGGAACCUUGUUCACCAGAAGGAGAAGGUGAAUCAAAACCUGUAGACGAAACACCAGCCCCGGAGCCCGAGGACGCCACCGUCAAACCUAUUGAUGAUUCUGCUGAUGCACCUCCUGCCGAAGCAGAAAAGAAGGAAGACGAGCCAGUCAAAGCCACCACCAAGGAAGAUACGAGGGCGAAGGAAGAUGAAGAGAGCAAGGAUACUCUCGGACCAAUUCCAAGGACCAAGAAGCCGGUCAAAAAAGGUGAGGAAAAUGGUUCAUUACAAAAUACCCCUUUUGAUUUUGCACAAAAUUAUGGAAAUUCUACGGAGUUGGAUAAAAAUAUGGACAAUGGCGCUUCAGAGCUGCUUUCAGAAGAUACCCAGGAACUUUCAGAAAGACAGCACUAUGAGGAGAGCUCAGAACUCAAGAGCCGGUCAUUGAUGACUGAAGCGCCGAGCGACCAGAAUAACCAGACCGCCACAGGAAUCACAAUGCAAGGACUACAAGAAACUCUUUCAGCGGUGGACGAAGACCCACAAGAUCGAGUUGUGAGUAAGACUCUGGAUCUUGAUCUCCAGGAUAGCGAUCUGGUUACGAGCCACCCAGCCACCAGCAACACUAGAGAGCCCACACCAGGCACUCCACAUGAGCAGGGUACUCCAGACCAAUCGGAAGACGCUGCCAAGGAAAUUGACCCUGUAAAUGUCGAUUCAAUUGCUACCGCGACUCCCCAGCCUCUGCAGCCUGAGACGACUGAGACACUUACUGAGGAACCAGACUCAGAGCCAUCUUACAAUACUCAUGAUGGCAAUGAGAAGUCUGGGAGAAUGGAUUCAUAUUUCCCAGUCACAAUUGCUCGCAGCGCAUCAUCAGCAUCAGCUUCGGUAGUUUCUGAUGACGAUUCAGAAAUUUCCACGUCUUCGCGCACAGCAGCCGAAAAGUCUCAAGUACAACUUCUCGACAACAAAGACAGUAUUGGCUAUACUGGACCAGACGUGAACAACUCACCGUCAGGGCUAUUACAGCCUAUCAAUACACCUGAUGCUACUCACCAAUCCAAAAUUCUGGAAACCGACUUCGGCCAUGUGCUACAGACAUCCCGAGAACUGCCUGAGGAGUCUGAGGCGAGCGUUGCAGGACCCGAUGACCAAGACUCAGACUCUGAUUUAUCUGAGGAUGAAUCCGUCGAGGAUGAGAAGCCAGAAUUAGAGGAGCCACUCAUAAUCCAUAGCCAAAUUCCGGAGCAACCACAGGUGACUGAGCCAGCUCAAACUCAAGAAGACGAUGCAGCCCCACAAGAUGGCCACAAGUAUGAGGGCCUUGGUUCAAGAACAGAAACAGCCGUUGAAGAAGAGGAGAGUGACGUUGCCUCCAAUGCCAGCUCACUAGAUGAGUCUGAAGACGACGAACAUGAAGCGUCCAGGUCCAUUCAUGGACGAUCCUCUCCUGUACCCGCCAGUCCCGCCAAUGUUCACCACAAGGAUUCUCACCAAGAUGUCGACUCAGAUGGCUAUCCAGACGAUAACGUCAGCAAUUUUGACCAACGGAGUGCGACUUCUCGACGCUCCUCAAUUGAUCAGCCGUCUUACCCUGUUACUAAACCAGACCUCGAAGUUCAGGGCAACGACGUUUCUUUUGAACCACAUGAGCCAGAUUUGGGUCAAGAUGAAGCUGUUGGAGAGACUAUGACGCUCAAAGACAACGACACCGACUCUGAUGAUGAUUCUGAUGACGGUUCUGAAGCCUCUGAAGCUUCCGAAGCCGAGAAAUCCGAAGUUAGUCAUGUACAUGAGCAAUCAAGGGAUCCUGUCGAAGAACACGGCUCGAGUCUGGAGUUGAACAAACCUGCUGUCGUCGUUGACUAUAAUAUAUCGGCCGGUGCUAAAGAAGACGAUGAUUCUUCGUCAGAUGAUGAGGAAGAUGAAGAUGACGAUGAAGAUCCCGAACAUACUCCUCCCGGUCCCGAGCGCCUGGACACUGACGUGGCUUUGGAUGGCCCACAAGCUGGAACAAUCGAGGUAAAUCUUGAUGGAGAUGAUGAUGACGACGACGACGAAGGCGAUGAUGACGAUGAUGAUGAGUCCGAUAUGGACCAACGAAGUCAAAUUAUUGACAGAGACGAUUCGCCCGCACCGGAACCAACUCUCAUUUCAAAGUCAACUAUCGCCGAGCAUCAAUCUCAAUCAGGAAAUGAAACUUCACUUGAUCAUUCCUCAGUUUUACCAGCCGCACAUCAAACAGAGCCACCAGGAUCGUUGGAUCAUAUCGCAGUCGAAGCUGAGGAACCAGACCUUUCUGACUCUGCUUCAUCGGUGUCUAUGGAACCGGACACAGUAGGGAAAGAAGCCUCGGAUCACCAGUCUCGUUCGAAUUCCUCGAGUCUAGAUCUUCUGCAAUCUACACCUGAGGCUAUCCUCCUUGAACCUUCAGCUCCCAACCAAAAUGAAGUCGAUUCGGAACCCGAUGUGUCUGCUGUUAUAACAAGAUCUUCGUCACCUGAGUCAGUAGUUGAGAAACAACCCAACGAGAUCCCGAUCCCUGAUGUAUUGGAAGAGCUCUCCGAGGCAGACAGCGAGUCUGAAGCCGAACAUGAAGAGAACGAACCCCAAGCGCGAGAUCCUUCCUUACAUUCGAUUGUCCUCAACGAAGAAAACGAAUCGGAUUCUGAUGCUGAUGACGAGUCUGAACAUGAUGAGCCAACUCCUUCUGUGCUGCCGGAAACUCUGGCAACUGAGGCCAAACUUUCAUCAGAAAUAUUGACAUCGUCUCCCGUUGCCACUCGAAAUCUUGCAGCCGUGGAUGACGAUGAGCCUUUGCCAGACGACUUGGAAGACCGAGAUCCAGAAGUGUCCGACUCUGAGGUGGAUGCAGACAAUGAACAUAUCGUCAGCAUCACCAAAGACGAUAUGGAUCAGAAACACCCAGAGGAAACUGCGAGCGAUGACGAUAGCGACAACGAUAAUAGCGAUGACGAUACCCAUGUUUCUAGGGAUAUCUCUCCUAUCGGCAUUGACAGGAUAGGUGCACCACGCAGCCUCGAGCAAACCACUCAAGUUCCUGGGUCGACUGAGGACACCUCUGAGGAAAAUCGAGCAGUGCAUGAAGAAAAGGGCGAAAGGCUGUCGGAUGUUCAACUUCCCGACGCGCCCACUGAGGCAACCAGAGCAAUUGAGAACGAGGUGCAUACCGUCGAUGAAUGGCAGCCUCAGCAGGAAACGGCCGAUAAUAUGCUCCGUGAAGUCAAGACUCCAGACACGGAUGACACUCAGCUCUCAGAACCAAAACCUGCCCAAGCGACUGAGGUGAAAUCUGUGGGGCUUGGCCGGUCUGAGCAUGAUGCCGUCAAGGUUGUCGAUAUCCCUUCCCGUGACAAAGGCAAAGCAAUUGCUGUUAUGCCAGAGACACCAAAGCGAUCUGGUUCUAAAUCGCGUUCAUCACGUUCAGCGUCCCGUAAUGAGCCUCCUCGGACGUUCUUGACCCAACAACAACGACCACGAAGAUCAUUGAGAGUUCGUCCAGUGACAGAAGUCUACACCAAAGACCCCAUCUUCGUUCCUGCUUGCGUCCUCCGCUCGGCCGCCCUUCUUUGGAGACACAGGGCGAAUCCUCAAGAACAGCAGUGCAGGCAGAUGCCGUCGCCAGACCCCGUUCUUUCCAGGCCGACGGCGAGUCGUCUAGAGCUCCUUUGA